AUGAACGAUGUGGUUAGUUUGGGAGUAGGUUCUGUCACCGGAGCUGUGGUCUCUGAGCUCCUAAAACUCGUGAUUGAAGAGGCUAAGAUGGUUUUGGCGUUCAAAUCUGUAUACAAGGAGCUUGCAUCGACGAUGGAAGAUGUGCUGCCGACAAUCAUAGAGAUCGAGAUGUUGCAAGGUGCUGAAGAACUAAAGAAACUCAAGGAUAUAAUCGAUGAAGCUCUUGUCCUAGUUCGCAAGUGUUCAAAAGUCAACCGUUGGAAUAUACCUUCACAAGCUAAAUAUGCAAGAAAAAUAAUAGAUAUCGACAAGAGGAUGCUCAAGUUCUGUCAGAUUCAGUUGCAGCUUAUUAUGCUUCGAAACCAACGGCUAUAUAUGAGACCACCGGUUCAAAAUAUAAGACCUCCGGUUCAAAAUAUGAGACCACCGGUUCAAUUUUGGUCUGCACCGCCUCGUCAGCCAUUUUCCAGCCCAACUGAUAGGACGUCUGACAUGUCUUCUGACGUGCUGUCCGUGCAUAGGGUGAAAGCCCUUGAGAGUCAUCUCCAAAGAAUCAAUAAGAAACUCGACGUUUUGAGUGUUUCUCCGCAUGUUUAUAAGGAUCUUUGUUCUGUCCCAAAGCUUGAUAAAGUUUUAGUUGGUUUGGAUUUGCCAUUGAUGGAGAUAAAGAAGAAGCUCCUUGAUGAUGAUGAUGUGGUUAGUCUCGUGGUCUCUGCUCCACCUGGGUGCGGGAAAACCACAUUAGUUACUCAGCUUUGUCAUGAACACGAGAUUAUAG